UUUAUAUAUGAGUGUUAAUGAAGAAGCUUUCAUAAAGAGUGCUUUCAUAAAGAAGCUUUCAUAAAGAGUGCUAAUGAUAAAGCUUUCAUAAAUGCCCAAACACUAUAGUUUUGUACGAUCUAUUUUAGGAAAAUACCUCAAUUUUUUGUGGAGGAUUGUUAACUUGCAAACGUUUCCAAUAGCUAUUGGUUAUCUGGUCAUGAUUUUCUUGUCCCCUGUGUGGAGAAAGACAGUGCGACCACUUAAGCUAAAUUUGCUCAUGGUAAUAUAUAAUUUCUCAUGCAGCAUAUUAAGUGCAUAUACUGUUGCACAAUUUGUCAUGGUGUUUGUGAAGUCAAAGGAUUUGUUUGAUAUGAACAACCAUGAAUCUCUGAAACUUCCUAUGUUUGUGUAUUGGUUGACAAAAUGGAUUGAACUAUUUGAUACUGUUUUGAUGAUUCUUCGACAUAAGGAGAGGCAAAUAUCUUUCCUUCAUGUGUACCAUCAUUGCUCUGUUUUAAUCUUAAGUGAUAUGGCAUAUCACUCUUAUCAAUGGCCGCCUGUGGGCUUUGUUCUAUGCAUGAAUUCAUUUGUCCAUGUUUUUCUUUACAUGUAUUAUGGACAGUCUGCAUUAUUUCCUGGUGAAAGACCUUGGUGGAAGAGGCGCUUAACACAACUUCAAAUUUUGCAGUUUCUUGUUGGUUUAGUUCAUCUGACUUAUGGUUAUUUUUACUAUGGAUUUUGCCUGUUUGGACCAUUUUAUGCCCUGACUAUGUUUGGUUUGUUUUCCAAUUUCUAUUAUUUCGCUUUUAUUUCAAAAAAAUCUUUAAGUAAAAAGAAAGUAAGUUGAUAUGAUAAGUGGAAGCACUACAGUAAUUAUUACUUGAAAAUGUUAAGUCGAAAAUUACUAUUUAUGAUGAUCUUUUUAAUGUUUACUCUUUGUACUCAUAUGAUAAAAAAAGUUAUCGCAACUAGUAAUUUGCUAUAUUUUGAAGCAUUCUUGACAAACUCAAAAA